AUGUGCGGGCGCACGUCCUGCCACCUGCCCCGGGACGCGCUCACCCGGGCCUGCGCCUACCGGGACCGGCGGGGCCAGCACCGGCUCCCCGAGUGGAGGGACCCCGACAAGUACCGGCCCUCCUACAACAAGAGCCCGCAGUCCGACGGCCCCGUGCUGCUGUCCCGCCUCCACUUCGAGAAGGGUGCAGACUCAUCUGAGCGUGUCAUUGCUCCUAUGCGAUGGGGCUUGGUCCCAUCUUGGUUCAAAGAAGAUGAUCCUUCCAAACUGCAGUUCAACAUGAGCAACUGCCGUAGUGAUACCAUGAUGGAGAAACUGUCCUUCAAGGUGCCUCUGGGAAAGGGAAGACGCUGUGUUGUCCUGGCAGAUGGAUUCUACGAGUGGCAGCGAAGUCAGUACACGAGCCAGAGGCAGCCAUACUUCAUCUACUUCCCCCAAAUCAAAACAGAAAAGUCGGGCAGUAUUGAUGCUGCAGAUAGCCCUGAGGACAGGGAGAAAGUUUGGGACAACUGGAGGCUACUAACAAUGGCUGGGAUCUUUGACUGCUGGAAGCCACCACAGGGAGGAGACUGCCUGUAUUCCUACACCAUCAUCACAGUGGACUCCUGCAAAGGCUUGAAUGACAUCCACCAUAGGAUGCCUGCCAUAUUAGAUGGAGAGGAGGCAGUCUCUAAAUGGCUUGAUUUUGGUGAGGUCUCCACUCAGGAAGCUCUGAAGCUAAUCCACCCCACAGAAAACAUCGCCUUCCACCCAGUCUCUCCCAUGGUGAACAACUCCCGAAACAACACGCCUGAGUGUGUGGCUGCUGUUGACUUACAGGCCAAAAAGGAGUCCAAGCCAAGCGGCAGCAGCCAGAUGUUGCAGUGGCUGGCCACAAAGUCACCCAAAAAGGAAAACCCCAAAACACCCCAAAAGGCAGAGCCAGAUGUGCCCCAGUGGUCCAGCCAGUUCCUGCAGAAGAGCCCGCUCCCUCCCAAGAGAGGAGCCGCUGGGCUCAUGGAGCGAUGGCUGAAACAGGAGAAGGGGGAAGAGCCAGCGGCCAAGCGGCCUCACAACCAGUAA